AUGGCCAUGGCUGCCUUAGCUGGUAAUUUCUAUCAAGACUUUGACAUUAUGUUCGGCGAUCAACGUCUUAAGAUACUCGAGGAAGGAAAACUUGUCACGCUCUCCCUUGACAAGGUUUCUGGCGCUGGUUUCCAGUCCAAAAAUGGAUAUAUAUUUGGAAGGUUUGAUGUGCAAAUGAAGAUGCCACCUGGGAACUCAGCUGGUACUGUCACCACAUUCUAUUUAUCUUCUUCAGGUCCAAAUCAUGAUGAGAUUGACUUGGAGUUUCUGGGCAACUCUACUGGGGAGCCCUACACUCUCCAUACUAAUGUCUAUGCCCAAGGGCAGGGGUCCAAGGAACAACAAUUCCACCUAUGGUUUGAUCCCACAAAGGACUUCCACACCUACUCCGUUGUUUGGAACAGCAAGCGCAUUAUAUUCUUGGUGGAUGGAAGUCCAAUUAGAGUGUUCAACAACUUGGAAUCACUUGGCCUUCCAUUUCCUAAAAAUCAAUCCAUGAAGAUUUAUGCAACUUUCUGGAAUGCUGAUGACUGGGCAACACAAGGUGGGCGUGUGAAGACUGACUGGAGCCAUGCUCCUUUCUCUGCCUCCUACAGAAACUUCAACAUCAAUGCCUGCCUUGGGUCACAAGGAUCACCAUCAUCAUCUUGCUCUACAUCUACCAAUUCCUCAGCAUGGCAGAACCAAGGGCUUAAUGCUGCAGGCCGGAACAGGCUUCGAUGGUUGCAACGCAAGUUCAUGGUCUAUGACUACUGCACUGACCGUCCUAAGUUCCCGAAAGGUCUCCCACGCGAAUGCAAGCAUUCGAGGGUCUAG